GCUGCCAGCCCACAUUGGAGAGAGAGAGGCGUGGCUGGCUGGGGGACAGGGUGGCUCACGGAUAAAUGCCCAGCCUGAGAGGGGUGAGCUGACAUUGUCCAAGCUGCCACCUAGACUCGGAGCUCACCCCAAACCUCCACUGAAGACAUCCCAGCCAUGGCCAUGCAGAAAAUCUUUGCCCGAGAAAUCCUGGACUCCAGGGGCAACCCCACGGUGGAGGUGGACCUGCAUACAGCCAAGGGCCGGUUCCGAGCAGCUGUGCCCAGCGGAGCUUCCACAGGCAUCUAUGAGGCUCUGGAACUAAGAGAUGGUGACAAGUCUCGCUACCUGGGGAAAGGGGUCCUGAAGGCUGUGGAACACAUCAACAAGACUUUAGGCCCUGCUCUACUGGAAAAGAAACUAAGCGUUGUGGAUCAAGAGAAAGUUGACAAAUUCAUGAUUGAGCUGGAUGGGACCGAGAAUAAGUCCAAGUUUGGGGCCAAUGCCAUCCUGGGCAUAUCCCUGACUGUGUGCAAGGCUGGAGCAGCUGAGAAGGGGGUCCCACUCUACCGACACAUUGCAGAUCUUGCUGGGAACCCAGACCUCGUCCUCCCAGUCCCUGCCUUCAAUGUGAUCAACGGGGGCUCCCAUGCUGGGAACAAGCUGGCCAUGCAGGAGUUCAUGAUUCUGCCUGUGGGAGCCAGCUCCUUCAAGGAAGCCAUGCGCAUUGGCGCCGAGGUCUACCACCACCUCAAGGGGGUCAUCAAGGCCAAGUAUGGGAAGGAUGCCACCAAUGUGGGUGAUGAGGGUGGCUUUGCACCCAACAUCCUGGAGAACAAUGAGGCCCUGGAGCUGCUGAAGACAGCCAUCCAGGCAGCUGGUUACCCAGACAAGGUGGUGAUUGGCAUGGAUGUGGCAGCAUCUGAGUUUUAUCGCAAUGGGAAGUAUGAUCUUGAUUUCAAGUCACCUGAUGACCCAGCACGGCACAUCACUGGGGAGAAGCUGGGGGAUCUGUACAAGAGCUUCAUCAAGAACUAUCCUGUGGUCUCCAUUGAGGACCCUUUUGACCAGGAUGACUGGGCCACCUGGACCUCAUUCCUCUCGGGGGUUGACAUCCAGAUCGUGGGGGAUGACCUUACAGUCACCAACCCCAAGAGGAUUGCUCAAGCUGUUGAGAAGAAGGCCUGCAACUGCCUGCUGCUGAAAGUCAACCAGAUUGGCUCAGUGACUGAAUCCAUCCAGGCCUGCAAACUGGCUCAGUCUAAUGGCUGGGGGGUGAUGGUGAGCCACCGCUCCGGGGAGACUGAGGACACAUUCAUCGCCGACCUGGUGGUGGGGCUCUGCACCGGACAGAUCAAGACUGGUGCCCCCUGCCGCUCAGAGCGUCUAGCCAAAUAUAACCAGCUCAUGAGGAUUGAGGAGGCUCUCGGGGACAAGGCUGUCUUUGCUGGACGCAAGUUCCGUAACCCAAAGGCCAAGUGAGAAGCCAUUGGCUCCAGGACCACACAGGACCCAUCUAGGCCUUCAAGCCCUUGUAAAAUAAACAGUGGUGCCAACCCAUGA